AUGGGAGAAGAGAAACAACUUCAGGUAGUGAUGCUGCCGUGGUUGGCACAAGGUCACAUUAAUCCUUUCAUAAAUCUUUCCAAAGCCUUGGCAAGCCGUGGGGAAGAAGAAGUCUGGAUCGUAUCGACCCCUGUCAAUAUAUCCCGAAUCAGAUCUCGCUUGCAGGAGGAACCCAUCCACCUGCUGGAGUUGCCAUUGCCAUCUGUAGACGGACUGGCCCCUGGCGUCGAGUGCACAGCAGACAUUAAACCAGAAUCAGCCCAUCUCCUUCACAGCGCAUUCGAUCAACUGGACAAGCCGUUUGAGAGUCUUUUGCGGCGCCUUUCGCCAAAUUUAUUGGUAUACGACGUCAUAGCGCCAUGGGCUGCGACCGUGGCCUCCCAGGUGAAAAUCCCGAGCUUUGCCUUCUCUGUCUACAGUCCGGCUGCAUUCGCUUAUAUUCUGGGCCAUUGCAAGCGGGCAGGGAACAGCAGAGACUUGAAGGCGGAGGAUUUGAUGCCACCCCCAAGCGGCUAUCCCGAACCUAUCAUCUCGUGGAGGCUGUUGGAAGCGCGCCUCAUGUUGAGCAACUUUGUUUCUUUCGCCAACCGCGUGUGGGCUUGUUGUCAGCGGUCGUGUGGAAUAGUGAUAUAG